AUGGUGCAGAAUGGAGUGUGCCUGGAGAGCUGGCAGGGGAUCAUAGCAGCAGACCAGGGCCCUGCCAGCUGCAGUCAGAUGGAGCAAAGGGACAAACACACCAUUCAUAUCUCUCAAAUAAGUAGGCCGUGUCCAGUUCGUUACACCAGCAUAGGGGUAAACGGUUGGGUCUACUUGGCGCUAUUUCAACCCUCAACUCUGAAACAUGAGAAAUACUGUCAGAUCUAACAGAACAUGUACAGUCUCUCUGUAAGUGCAGUCGGCCUACUACUACCAAGUCUGAAAGUAUUUGUGUCUACCCAAGGCAGUUUUCCAUAUCCAUAUAUUUUCUUACAGAUAAUGGUAAAAAGGCAUGAGAAAUGUUUGAGCUUUUGGCCCUCCCUCCAGGUCUCCCUCUUCUCUCUAAUCCUCCCUCGUGCUCCGUCGUCCGUCUGGUCCCCUGGUCUUAGUUCCCUUCCAGGUACUAUUCAAAGGGCCCUCUGUACUGCUGGCUGGCAAGCCAAUUGUUUAUGGAAUGUCUCAGCUGCUUGUGGGGUAUGGGGGAACACAGCUAAUGAAAUGUAAAGUGCUGUAUGAGCGCACCUCUGCACAAACAGCCUGGGCCAUGUUCGUUUGUGGAUGUCACUUCUGGCACACUGUAAUAUUUCAUGUAUUUACUUUAACAAGAUGUACUGUAGAACAAAUACGCAAGGGGGCCUCCCGAGUGGCGCAGUGGUCUAAGGCACUGCAUCGCAGUGCUAGCUGUGCCACUAGAGAUCUUGGUUCGAGUCCAGGCUCUGUUGCAGCCGGCCACGACCGGGAGACCCAUGGGGCGGCGCACAAUUGGCCCAGCGUCGUCCAGGGUAGGGUUUGGCCGGCAGGGAUGUUCUUGUCCCACCGGGCGCAGUGCACGCUGACUCGGUCGCCAGGUGUACAGUGUUUCCUCCGACACAUUGGUACGGCUGGCUUCCGGGUUAAGCGGGCACUGUGUCAAGAAGCAGUGCGGCUCAGUUGGGUUGUGUUUCGGAGGACGCACAACUCUCGACCUUCGCCUCUCCCGUGUCCGUACGGGAGUUGCAGCGAUGGGACAAGACUGUAACUACCAAUUGGAUACCACGAAAAAGGGGGUAAAAUACCAACAAAACAAAAAAAGAACAAAUACGCAUAUCCACAAGCAUGAGUCCUUAAGAAGAUUCCUCCUGGAAGCUAAACGACUUUUCUUGACAUUGCUCUGAAAGCACAAUUAUAGCGAAGAAUCAUGUGUAGUUUGUGGUCUUUGCUCCCAUUACCUGGUUGUCCACAGUGCUAAGAGGAAAAGCCUCUAAACCUGGCCUUCUGUGUGUCCAACUCUUAGACUGUCUCAUGUGAGUGCAUCAUCUGUAUGGGUUGAAUUGUGUGUGUGUGUGUGUGUGCGCGAGUGUGUAUCCUGUAGGUCACAGACUGGAGCAAUUAUUGAACCUUGAUAUUCUGUUAUACAGAGCAUUACUGUGACCACCCUGAGCUAUUUCAACACGCUGAUUAGUAGGUGUGCUGGGCUGGGCAGCUGAGUUCUGACCUACACUGCUCAAUGGCUGGUGCUAAUUUUAGGCUGUCCCAUAACAGAUCUGAGCAGAGCAGAGCUGGUGGGCCUGACUACUCCUUCUGGGCCUGUGGUCGGCCUCCCUCCCACUUCAACAGGGCACUUCAGAUGUGCCAGAAUGUGCUGAUGUUUGUUUGGCUCACACUCUGAUCUGCCAAAACACCCAGUCAGCUUCUUCCAGGGCCGCAGUGACCCCGCCCCAUUGCAGGUGCCACGUUUUCAGGCCUGUUUCUUUUCAACCUGAUGGGUGAAGCUCAAUCAGAGAGAAACCAGAUGUGCUGAAAUGAAGUGUAUGCAGUACUGAAAGAUCCACUCCACCCAACCCAGCCCUUCCUGGGUUAGCUGUGAGGGAUGAAAAUACCCCUUUGCAGUAGUGGGAUUGAAGUGCAACUCUUUGUAGGCUGAGGAUUAGUAAAGUAGAUUUGUUAUUGUAUAGCUUUCUGUUUAUACAUUCCAUACAUGCUGGAUGGUAAAAGCCAUUGUAACACUUGUUUCCUCUCGGUUAGUUGACGGCUGUCUCCCCAGUGAUCACACGAUCAGGAUGAGAAUCCAUUUAGUGGAGGCAGAAAGUGUCCAAAACCCUUAACAGCUUCACACGCAUUUCUGCCGUUGUUUUUAUUCUAAUUUUAGAAUUUUAGAAGGGGCCAUAUCUCUUCUAAUCUAUAAACAUGCAGUCAGAGGUGACAGAGAGACUGUCACUGUGCUACUGUCACUGUGCUACUGUGCUUUGCUGUGCUACUAAAAUUAUUAUUCCUGGACCAUAAUGUCUAAAAUAAAGGGAAUAUUAGCCCUGUCUUCGGAUAAUCUAUUAACAUUUGUGUCUUGUUUUAACAGAUUUUAUCUGAAUUCUGGUUGUCAAUUGAAAGGAAUUGGUGGACUCCGUUUUGUUCAUUGCAUCCCAUCCCGGUUAAUGCGUGUGUCCAGGUGGGCCUGGCAGGAUCUCUACAGGCUGUAACUGAUCACUGUCUGGACCAUUUCCUCCUUUUAGUUAUUUCCAGAACAAAUGCAGAGUUCAGCUUUCUCUCCAUAGAAACAUUUAAAGUGUCGUCUAGCCAAUGCAGUGAAGUGUGACAGUGCUUUGAUGCAUGCAUUACAUGGAGAUUCUAAAAGCAGCAACAUUCAGCAUCAACAUAAUCAAGCUCUCGGUCUUAAUCGAAGGGGGAAAGAAAAUGGCCUGGGAACUACAUCUUCAAGACAAGUAAUCUUUUUUAGAGCAUUCAUAUGGAUAUCCUGUAUUCCACUGAAACUGUGUGAACCCUGCCCUCUAAGCAAGGCCACAUCACUGUUGUGAUGUUGAUUUUCUGUGUUUAUGAUUCUGUGGAUUUGUCCUGCUAACACAUCUGUCAUUCCCCUUCUCUCUGGAUCAUAGUCAGUUCAUCUAUCUAUACAUGUGGAUUAGGAUUACAUGUCCGUGAAUAUGUCCUUGAUGCUUUGUCGUGUGUGCGUUUGUGUGUGCAUGUGUGUGUGCAUGCGUGCGUCAAACCUCUAUCAUCACUCUCCACAAAACCGAGGUUUUCAGGUUUCCAAUUGUUGUAUCUACAGGGACAGAGUGCAUGUUGACAGUGCACAGAUUAUUCUCUGGACAGGGAUUUAAGAGCAUGUUAACCUGUUGUGUUUGGAAUCCUAGCAGGCAGCUAUUUCUAGGUCAGCCCUGUCCUAAAGCUAAAAGAGAAGCAGCUUUGUAGUAGUGUGGCAAAAUGGCUCCCUCGGGAACUACUAACUUGUACACUAAACAAACACAACUUCCAGAUCCAGCCAAAGCUUUUCUGAGCCUGAUGAACUUUGGCUUCCUAAACCCAAAGAUCAGAACACAGGCAAAUUCAAUAAUGCUGAAAGAACCUCUAAAUUCUGCAGUAUUCUCUACUAAAAGUCCAGAGAAACGUUGUUCUCUGUUCCUGGGCUGCUACAUCUAAAACACACACAGCCCCAGCUGUUGGUUUAAGCACUGUUAUGCAAUUUUAUUAGAAUGUAUUUGUUACAGCUCUAUUGCACAAUAGUAACCAUUUUGAGGUUAAUUGAGGGGAGACGGUCCGAUUCACUCUACCACCAUUUAACCACAUAGUGUUUAAGAAUAAACCCAUCUGCUGUGACUAUUACUAGGGAAAGCUGUUUUAACAUAUAUUAAUUGGAUUUUUACAUAAAUAAUUGUAUUUUUAUAAUUACAAAAUAAUAAGAAUAAAUUAUUUGAUAUAAAAAAAAUAUUUAAUUAUAUUUUUUGGAUAUACCAAAUUCAAUUAUCGAUAUUUUGAUAUCUGUAAUUGCAUUUAUAUAUAUUUAUUUAUUUAUGUAUUAUUAUAAUGCAUUUCAUGGGGGCGGGAUUACAUUUGCAUGCUCAUACAUACAGUGCCUAGUGGAAGUCUACACACCCCUUGCACAGUCUUCCCAUUUUGCUGCCUUAAAAUGACAUCUAAAGAUUGAUUACAUUUGACAUUUUUCCUACUGAUGUACACAACCUACUCCACAUUUUCAAAGUGAAAGAAAAAUGAUUGAAUAUUUUCCUAAUUAAUUUCAAAUAAAUAAGUGUAAUUAUUGAUAUAGAAAAUCCCAUUAUUGAUAUAAAAAAUACAAUUAUUGAUAUAUAUUUUUUAAUGAAUAUACACUGUGGCCAGUUUAUUAGGUACACCUAUCUAGUACUGAGUCGGACCCCCCUUUGUCUUCAGAACAGCUUGAAUUCUUUGAGGCAUGGAAACGUUGCUCAAUUGGUAUCAAGGGACCUAACGUGUGCCAGGAAAACAAUCCCCACACCAUUACACCACCACCACCAGCCUGUACCGUUGACGCCAGGCAGGAUGGGGCCAUUGCUCAACAGGAACCGGGAUUUGUUGGGCCAGGCAAUGUUUUUCCACUCCUCAAUUGUCCAGUGUUGGUGAUCGCGUGCCCACUGGAGCUGCUUUUUCUUAUUUUUAGUUGAUAGGAGUGAAACCUGGUGUUGGUCGUCUGCUGCAAUAGCCCAUCCGUGACAAGGAUCGACGAGUUGUGUGUUCCGAGAUGCCGUUCUGCACACCACUGUUGUACUGCGCUGUUAUUUGCCUGUUUGUGGCCCGCCUGUUAGCUUGCACGAUUCUUGCCAUUCUCCUUCGGCCUCUCAUCAACAAGCUGUUUCCGCCCACAGGACUGCCGCUGACUGGAUGUCUUUUUGUUCGGCGCACCAUUCUUGGUAAACCCUAGACACAGUGGUGCAUGAAAAGCCCAGGAGGCCAGACAUUUCUGAGAUACUGGAUCCGGCGCGCCUGGCAACGACGAUCAUACCACGCUGAAAGUCGCUUAGGUCACUAAUUUUGCCCAUUCUAACGUUCAAUCAAAAAGCAACAGAAUGCCUCGAUGCCUGCUUUAUAUAGCAAGCCAUGGCCAUGUGACUCACUGUCUGUAGGAGCGAACCAUUUUUGUGAACUGGCCACUGAGUGUAUGUUAAAACGGCUUUCCAUACUAUUACAACAGUGGAAACUGCAUUAGCUCUUUGUUAGUCCCACAGGGCCGUAGCUGAGCUUCUUUGUUAAAUAUUUUACCAUGAUUUAACUUAGGAAAAAGUCAAUGCAUUAGACAACUCACAGGGUUGGUUCAGGGACAGCAAUCCUAGAGUUGAUAUAUGAUAUUUAAUAUAAAUCUAAAUGUGUGCGGGUGGGAGGAGGGGGAUGUUUGUGUGAAAAGGUGACCUUGUGCAGAAUGUCUGUUUCCUGCUCUGAAGUUGAUGAAUUUGCUGAAUGUUCUGGACAGACCUGCCUGGGCACUUCCUUAGCAACAGGCCUUGCAGUCUGAGAACUAAGCUUUACUGAGGAACUAGUCUAUUGUGAAAUCCUCUUCACUCAAUGUUGGGAUGCUUGCCUGCUUUUUCAUGCUACCACAGAUAACUAAUCAGCAUUUAAAAGCAUGAUUAUUCAAGAGCCAUGUAAAUAACUGUCUCUGUGAACAUUAUUUUAUUUCAUAUCAAUUCAUAUGUAAUAAAUCAUAUUUUAAGACAUGUUUUAUGGUUUAUGUCCAUUUUACUGAAAUAUAUUUUAGUCUGUAUGAUGGGUCAGUGUGUGUCCAUUGAAAGUGAUUUCCAGGAUUCUGUGGCUGUGUGAGAGGUUAUUCACCCAGUGUCACUGCUGUUGUAUAAUCUGACAGACACACGGUGUGGCCUUUCACAUUGACUUCCCCUGUAUUCCCCUGGCCUGCUCCUCAGUGGUUUCUCUCUGCACGGCCCAGUGUGUUUGUUCAUGUUCUUUGUCAUGGUCUCUGGGGGUGUCACACUGUCAGCCUGACUCAACCAGGCCCCGGCCACUCCACAGGGCUGGGUUCGAUCUGCCUUCCUUGCUUCCGGAAUCCUCUCUUUCCUGUUUUCUAGCAGAGGUGAACUACACUGAACAAAAAUAUACAUGCAACAUGCAACAAUUUCAAAGAUUUUACUGAGUUACAGUUCAUGUAAGUAUCAGUCAAUUGAAAUAAAUUCAUUAGGGCCUAAUCUAUGGAUUUCACAUGAAUGGGAAUACAGAUAUGCAUCUCUUGGUCAUAGAUACAGUACCUUUUAACCAAAAGAAAAGGCAGGGGCAUGGAUCAGAAAACCAGUCAGUAUCUGGUGUGACCACCAUUUGCCUCAUGCAGCGCGGCACAUCUCCUUCGCAUAGAGUUGAUCAGGCUGUUGAUUGCGGCCUGUGGAAUGUUGUCCCACUCCUCUUCAAUGGCUGUGCGAAGAUGCUGGAUAUUGGCGGGAACUGGAACACGCUGUUGUACACGUCGAUCCGUAGCAUCCCAAACAUGCUCAAUGUGUCACGGAUUCAGCCGAGGCUGCCCCUCCUCCUUGCUCGGGCAGGCUUCGGCGUUCGUCGUCGCCGGAGUACUAGCUGCUACCGAUCUAUGUUUCUGUGUUCUACUUGUUUUGUCUUGAUUGUUCACACCUGGUUCACAUUAUGUAUUGAUUUCUUCCCUAUUUAACCCUCUGGCUCCCACUGUGUUUUGUGCGUGUUUGUUCAUGUUUGGUUGUCAUCUGGUGAGCGGGUUUGUUCCUCCCUGUGUGGAGGUUAUGUUAUUUACAUUACCUACGAGUAAAGUAUGUUUAUCGAUUAGCUCUGUGUCCUGCGCCUGACUUCGUCCUACUGCAUCACACUGACCUCCUGACAGGAACACGCACCAUAAAUGGUGUCAGCAGGUACAUUCAUUUCGUCCGGAUCAAUGGAGGAACGUGUCCAACAGCAGGCAACCAUGAUCCAGACUCUCGGCACCGCAAAGGAGCGCGUGUUGAACACUAUGGAGCGAUGGGAGAGAGGUGGUUAUCCUACACCUCCUCCAACUACACAACCACCCACACCGCUGUCCACCCCUUCGUCACCUGGGUCCAGUGGGAUUCGGCUCUCGCUCCCGAGGGCAUACUAUGAUACAGCUGCCGGGUGCCAGGGUUUUCUGCUCCAGGUAGAGCUCUACCUGGCUACCAUCCACCCGGCUCCCUCGGGAUACGAGAGCGUGUCCGCCCUCAUCUUCUGUCUGUCGGGGAGAGCGCUCGAGUGGGCCAACGCAGAGUGGGGAGGAAUAGACGCAGCGUCAGUACGCUAUGAGGAUUUCACCCGCCGCUAUCGGGCGGUAUUCGAUCAUCCACCGGAGGGGAGAGCGGCGGGGAAUGUCUAUUCCACCUCAGACAGGGGAAGAGGAGUGCACAGGACUUUCACUGGACUUCAGGACUCUGGCUGCCAGCGCAGGAUAGAAUGAGAGGGCCCUGAUCGACCACUACCGAUGCAGCCUACGGGAGGACGUUCGUCGGGAACUGGCCUGCAGGGACACCACCCUUACCCUGGACCAACUGGUGGAUAUGUCGAUAAGGCUGGAUAACCUGUUGGCAACCCGCGGAAGUCCGGAUCAGGGGCCGCCCAUUCCAUCCCCCAGCACCUCCGACCCUACCCCUAUGGAGCUCGGAGGUGCUGCGCUUAGGGAGACCGGAAGAAGGGCCAUCUCCUGCACCAACUGUGGCCGCAGAGGACACAAUACUGGUCCGUGCUGGGGAGGGUCUUUAGGGAGUCGAGGCAGUAGGCAGAGCACUGGUGGACCGUCUCAGGUGAGUAGGCACCCGACACACCCAGAGCUCCCUGUGCAUAUGUGUAUUGAUAUCGUAUUUCCAGAGUUUUCCCCUCAUUCCCAGCAUAAGGCACUCGUAGAUUGAGGCGCAGCUGGGAACUUUAUUGAUUGUCAGUUUUCCCGUAGUUUAGGGAUUCCUAUUGUUCCUGUUGAUGUGCCCUUCCCUGUACAUGCCUUAGAUAGUCGCCCUUUAGGGUCAGGCCUGAUUAGGGAGGUCACAGCUCCACUCUGGUUGAAGACGCAGGAGGGUCAUGAGGAGAAAAUUAGUCUGUAUCUGAUUGAUUCUCUUGCAUUUCCAGUGGUGUUGGGGCUUCCCUGGUUAACUUCUCAUGACCCCACGAUUUCAUGGCAACAGAGGGCUCUCAAGGGAUGGUCUAGUCAGUGCUCGGGGAGGUGUGUAGGUGUUUCCAUAGGGGCAACUACGGUGGAAAGUCCAAACCAGGGCUCCACCAUGCACAUUCCCCCCGAAUAUGCCGAUUUGGCUCUCGCUCUCGCCUUCAAGAAGGCGACUCAAUUACCACCCCAUCGACAGGGGGAUUGUGCGAUAAAUCUCCAGGUAGGUGCUGCACUUCCCUGGAGUCACGUGUAUCCCCUGUCACAGGAAGAGACGGCGGCUAUGGAAACAUAUGUCUCCGAAUCUCUGGGGCAGGGAUACAUUCGGCCAUCCACUUCACCUGUCUCCUCGAGUUUCUUUUUUGUGAAGAAGAAGGAUGGAGGUUUACACCCGUGCAUUGACUACCGGGAUCUCAAUCAGAUCACUGUCAAGUAUAGUUAUCCACUACCGCUCAUUGCUAGUAUGACGGAGUCAUUGCACGGGGCGCGCUUCUUCACAAAAUUGGAUCUCAGGAGCGCGUACAACCUGGUGCGUAUCCGGGAGGGAGAUGAGUGGAAGACGGCAUUUAGUGCCACACCUGGGCACUAUGAGUACCUCGUCAUGCAUACGGGUUGAUGAACGCUCCAUCAUUCUUCCAAUCCUUUGUAGAUGAGAUUUUCAGGGACCUGCACGGACAGGGUGUAGUGGUGUAUAUAGAUGAUAUUCUCAUAUACUCCGCUACACGAGCCGAGCAUGUGUCCCUGGUGCGCAAGUUGCUUGGUCGACUGUUGGAACAUGACCUGUACGUCAAGGCGGAGAAAUGUCUGUUCUUUCAAAAGUCUGUCUCCUUCCUAGGGCACCGCCUGUCCGCGUCAGGAGUGGAGAUGGAGAUUGACCGCAUUUCGGCCGUGCGUAAUUGGCCGACUCCAACCACGGUUAAGGAGGUGCAGCGAUUCUUAGGGUUUGCCAACUACCACCGGAGGUUUAUCCGGGGCUUUGGUCAGGUAGCGGCUCCCAUUACCUCCUUGCUGAAGGGGGGACCGGUGCGACUGCAGUGGUCAGCCGAGGCGGACAGGGCGUUUGGUCACCUGAAGGACCUGUUUACCUCGGCUCCAGUGCUGGCUCAUCCGGAUCCCUCCUUAGCAUUCACAGUAGAGGUGGACGCAUCCGAGGCUGGGAUAGGAGCUGUACUGUCUCAGCGCUCGGGUACGCCACCAAAACUCCGCCCCUGUGCUUUCUUUUCGAAGAAACUCAGCCCGGCGGAGCGCAACUAUGAUGUGGGGGACCGGGAGCUGUUGGCUGUGGAUAAAGCUCUGAAAGUGUGGAGGCAUUGGCUUGAGGGGGCUAAACACCCUUUUCUCAUUUUGACUGACCACCGCAAUCUGGAGUACAUCCGGGGUCCAGUGGGAUUCGGCUCUCGCUCCCGAGGGCAUACGAUGGUACAGCUGCCGGGUGCCAGGGUUUUCUGCAAACCCACAGUUUUAUCAGCUGUUCGGGUGGCUGCUCUCAGACGAUCCCGCAGGUGAAGAAGCCGGAUGUGGAGGUCCUGGGCUGCCGUGGUAACAUGUGGUCUGUGGUUGUGAGGCCGGUUGGACGUACUGCCAAAUUCUCUAAAAUGUCAUUGGAGGCGGCUUAUGGUAGAGAAAUGAACAUUCAAUUAUCUGGCAACAGCUCUGGUGGAUGUUCCUGCAGUCAGCAUGCCAAUUGCACGCUCCCUCAACUUGAGACAACUGUGGCGUUGUGUUGUGUGACAAAACUGCACAUUUUAGAGUGGCCUUUUAUUGUCCCCAGCACAAGGUGCACCAACAGUAUGUAAUGAUCAUGCUGUUUACUCAGCUUCUUGAUAUGCCACACCUGUCAGGUGGAUGGAUUAUCUUGGCAAAGGAGAAAUGCUCACUAACAGGGACGUAAACAAAUUUGUGCACAGAAUUUGAGAGAAAUAAGCUUUUUGUGCGUAUGGAGAAUUUCGGGGAUCUUUUAUUUCAGCUCAUGAAGCAUGGGACCAAUACUUUACAUGUUGCGUUUUAUAUUUUUGUUCAGUUUAGUGAUCUCUGUGUGUCCUCUUCUGAACAUACAGUAUUUCAGUGUCCUGCUAUUUCAACACUGAGGCCUCACAGACAAACAAACACCACAGCUUAUAUCACUACAUGCACUGGGGGUGCUUGUGCUUCUCCCACACAGAUACUGCCAAUAAUGGUAGACAUUGUUGGUGAGUCAAAGUGACAAUAACAGGGUUUGAACCCUUUUUUGAUGCAAUACUAUAUAUAGAUAAAUAAUAGAGGAAACAUGUAGUCUACACAACAGCAGGUAACACAUCAAAAUAGACCACAGUGUUUCAUUGUGUCUGCGAACACUUCCACCCAGAAUGUCUGCUUUUGCUGUGAUUGUGAAUAAAAGGGGGUGUUUUCUGGUCUGUGGCUAACACCUACAGUACAAACCAAAGAGCUGCCUUGAACUGCUGCUGCAUCUGUACAGUUAAAGUAUGUUACAGUAUGUACAGAGAGUAGAGGGACUGACUAAUGCUUCUCCUCACCACACAAGUGAAUCAGAGUUUUCGCUGCGAUUCUCCUGGCUUAUCCUCUGCUGUGGGACGGUCCUGUGUGUCUGGCACAGUCUCUGAAGAUCAGAGAGGAUUUGAAGCACAGAGACACGGAACGUAUUGGAAUAGAGCACACUAGAGGUUGAAUGACACAGCUGUAUUUUCAGCAGUUGUGGGCCAUUUGAGUUAUUUUGAAUGUACAGUAGCUUUUAUAUAAUACCAUUGAUAUACAUAUAUGAAUAACUUUAUUUUAUGUUUGUUUUUGAUGUAAGACCUAUUUUGGUUAUUUUUGUGUCUGCACCAUAUUCUCGUCUCAACAAAGGAUUAUAUGACUAUAAUAUUAUUAUGUUUUACACUUUUUUAUUUAUUUAUUUUUAUUUCAAAGAGCAGAUGAAUAUAGACACAUAUUAAUACAGAUUGGUAUUUUUGAGAGGGAGAUUAUGUUUCCAGUCAAACAGAGCACGACAAUUAAUCUGCCUGUUCAAAGGCAUUAAUGGUGUUUUUAGAUGAGAAGAGAGGUUGUCUUGCCUGUGAAGGGUGUGAAGUGAGGUGUCGAAGAGAGAGAGAGAUUCACACUGUGCCACUGUCUAACAUAUUUUACACUACCACACCUAACCCCCUUCAUCUGUGUGUCAUUAUCACAGAAGCCCCCUACAGUGGGACCCAUCCUUCCUAUGGCUAUGACCUGGAGCAGGCGGAGGAGCCCCAGCAGCAUCAUGACCUCCUGCCUUUCAGCACCUCGCCCUCCUCGAGCUGCAGCAGCCGGCACACACACUCCUCUGGUUCCCUGGAGUCCACCCUGUCGGUAAAGUUAUCGCCAGUCCAACUACUAUACACUUCUACUACCACACACUUCCAUCUUCUACUCUUAAAGCCCAUGUCCCAGUGUAGCAGUCUGUUAAUGCCCCCGUCCUCUAUAAGUCUGCCUUGGGCUCUCUGAGUGCAUUUAAUGGAGCGAUGCUCUGCUCGUUCCAACCACACUUUCACUCACCCUAUAAAUCUCAUCCACCCCUACUGUACGGUACCUAGCCAAUCUCCGGUGUCCCCUAGGUCGUCCUCCUCUGAUGUGCUCCACUCUCUGAUCUUCAAAGGUUAAGUCCAGGGGAGGCCUCUUCUUGUGCCCCCCUUAGUGUUCAGGCUGUGGAAUGUCAGAGCUAUUCAUUUCUGCUCUGCUCUCUGUGCUCUAUGAAUGAGCUCCAUAUCGACAGACCACAGGCGGCUGGUGGCACCUUAAUGGGGGAAGACGGGCUCAUAGUAAUGGCUGGAACGGAAUAAAUGAUACCGAUCCAUUUACUCCAUUCCAGCUUUUAUUAUGAGCCGUCCUCCUCUCACCAGCCUCGUUGACGACAGACUAUCAGAAACCUAACUGACUGAUGCCUUUGACCCAUCAAUAACUACAGGUCCCAUCCUGUAGUUGUUUCCUUCCACAAUACGAUGGAUCUUUGACCCUGGCCUCUGCCCUCUACAUCUCCCACAGGGUUUAAUCAAAUGUGUUGGGUUCCCUGGAGAGGACAGUCUCUACUCCUAGCUGUAUAGAGGUCUCAUUGAACACCCAGGGGGUUUAGGGAAGAUUCUCUCUCUCUCUCUCUCUCUCUCUCUCUCUCUCUCUCUCUCUCUCUCUCUCUGUGUCAUUCACUGUUAGUCCCAUUCUCACACACAGACAGAGCUGGUUCAGGAGAAAGACUUGGAGAUGCGGAAGUGGGUUUUGUCAGGGAUCCUGGCCAGUGAGGAGACAUAUCUCAGCCACCUGGGGGCUAUCUUACUGGUAAGAGACAGGACUUUGAGCUAAUUGAAUAUGACACACCUUACUGUGAUGAACAGCGUGGCAGGUAGCCUAGCGAUUAAAAGCGUUGGGCCAGUAAAAUGUUACAUGUUGGAUGGACACACACAGAUGGAUAUAUGCAUGCAAAUGUACACACCCACCCACCAGUGUACACACACACACACACACACUCACAGUAAUGCUUGUCUUGUGUUGAUUGUCCCAGCCCAUGAAGCCUCUGAGGGCAGCAGCUACUACCUCCCAGCCGAUGCUGACCAUCCAGCAGAUAGAGACCAUCUUCUUCAAGGUGACAGAGCUCCAUGAGAUCCACAAGGACUUCUACGAUGCCCUGCUACCCAGAGUUCAGGAGUGGAGCCACAACCAGUGUGUGGGUGAUCUCUUCCAGAAACUGGUGAGCCUUAUUAUUGUUGUGUAAAGACCUAGGAAAUGCUGUUAUGGCUCUUUUGUGUUGGUUCUUCCAGGUGCUUUUGUUCCUUUGUUCAUAAGUACAAAAACAUGUGAAAUAGACUUCCCCAGCCACAAACUGCAUUGUUCUGUGAGUAAGCAGAUAUUUAUCCAAUCACAGUCAGUGACCCCACAUGUGAGCAGACUGCCUGGAGACAUCUCCUGCACAGAUAAAAGCCUGGCUAUAGCACAUAACAGGCAGUAAAGGAGGACAAAACACUAAGAGGCUCCUGACUGCAAAGAGCUCCCUCAGUAUGACAGUGGAGGAAAGGAAGAUGCAUGAAACACAAACACACACGUGCGGCAGCGAGUGUGCGUGCACACACAGUCACAAAAAAAGGGACAUUGUGACUGAUAGGAUGCAUGUUUUUAAUGCUGUUUUUGUUGAAAGGCCAUACCUCAUCUGAUCGCUAUUUCCAGCACCAUGAGAAGGGAAAACACAACUAGUAUGACAGGAGCCAAAGCUGGGUACAUGAAUCAACAGCAGGUUAACUACAUCGUAUCUACUCUAUUGUCUCUCUCUAUUAUAGGCCAGCCAGCUGGGAGUGUACAGGGCCUUUGUGGAUAACUAUAAGGUUGCUGUGGAGAUGGCAGACAAGUGUUGCCAGGCCAACAUACAGUUUGCUGAAAUAUGUGAGGUAUGUAUUGUAUUGUAUAUGUCAACUUUUACAAGGGCAACAUUUCAGUUAGAAUACAUGUAACCUAGUCCCCAGAGCCGGCUGGGUGGACAGAGAUUAGAAUAAAUGUUGUUGUUAUGAAAUUGUCUUACUGUGCUGUGUUGAAAUGGUGUACUCAUAUCAUAUGCCUUUCUCAAUUCCUUGUGUCCUCAGAAUCUUAAGGUCAGAAGCACCAAGGAAUGCAAAGACCAGGCAAAAAAUUCACUGGAAAGUAAGUGCAAUUUCAUUAUUUUGAACAAUUCAGGGUCAAAUGAACUAAACCUUACAUUUUAUUUACAUAUCAAUAGUUAAAGACAAUGAAUAAUUCAACCCUCUAGUUAUUUGAAUUCAGAAAGAGUGGUACAUGCUUAAUUAAAGCAUAGUGAAUAUGACCCUCAACCUCAAGGUGUCCUAUGUUGUUAGUUCUGCUUUGCCUUGUCCUGCCUUUAUAUACUUUAUGACCCUCUCCCCCUCAGCUCUGCUCUACAAACCCGUGGACAGAGUCACCCGCAGCACCCUGGUUCUGCAUGUAAGUCAAAUCAACACACUGAAGGUUUUUCCCCUUUGGACCUGAAUUUCUGAUUUUGUCUAUGAAAACAAUGCUUCACAUAUCUUAAGAAGUAAUCAUUUAACUAAAAUUAAUUCAUCUUCUUUCUCUCGCUCGCUCGCUUUCUUUCACUCUCUCUCGCUCCUCUUUCUAUCUCUCUUUCUCCUCUUUCUAUCUCUUUUUCUUUCUCUCUCUCACUUUCUCUUCCUUUCUUACUCUUUCUCUCUUUUACUCUUAUUCUUUCUUUCUCUCUCUCCUCGCUACUCUCUCUCUCUCUCUCUCUCUCUCUCUCUCUCUCUCUCUCUCUCUCUCUCUCUCUCUCUCUCUCUCUCUUUCUUUCUUUCUUUCUUUCUUUCUUUCUUUCUUUCUUUCUUUCUUUCUUUCUUUCUUUCUUUCUUUCUUUCUUUCUUUCUUUCUUUCUUUCUUUCUUUCUUUCUUUCUUUCUUUCUUUCUUUCUUUCUUUCUUUCUUUCUUUCUUUCUCGCUCUUGCGCUCUCUCUCUCUCGCUCUCUCUCUCUCAGGACCUGUUGAAACACACCCCCUCCGGCCACCCAGACUAUCCACUGCUGCUGGAUGCCCUGAGAAUCUCCCAGAACUUCCUGUCCAGCAUCAACGAGGAGAUCACCCCACGCAGGCAGUCUAUGACAGUGAAGAAGGAGAGGUCAGUGUGGCAGGCUGUGACAUGCGUUUUGGACUACUGACUGUCCAAACAGAAAGUUUCAAGUGACCAAAUCCGCUAGUUGUCAUAGUAACAGUCUAAAAACCACUUGAGGGCAAAUCAAUCAGAUUUGACCAUUCAGACACAAGUUCACAUGGACAGGAAUCAGAUUUGUAUUUGACAUGUGGCUUGAAAUAUCCGAUUCCGUGUGCUUUUUUGCUUUUCAGACUGCAGGAAAAUAACAGAUUCGAAUCGGAUAUGCAAAUAAAUAGGAUUUGAGUCACUUCAAACUGCCAAUGUGAACACGGCUAUAGAGGCGCACAGACACCCCGACCUGGCCCUGUGGCUAUCUGGACCUCCCUUAUAAUGCUUUCAUACUUGGCUUCAUUUCAGACACUUUGAUGUCACACUGCACAAAUUCAUGAGCAAAAUAGUGUCCAAUUACACAGCUUGUGUCAAAAUGAGGAAUCACCAGUCUUUUCUUGUCUAUUCAGACAGUUACAGUACAGUAGUUAGUUGGGUAGAUUGCAUAAUAAGAUAGAGAUUCCACCAAGCAACACAGGUUCAGAGCCAUACAUUAGGCAUCUGAGGGUUACUGUAAAUUAGCCAAUCAGUGCUUCUCAGUUCCUGUAAAAGCAGUAUAAACAGUAAAAGCCAGGGGAACGGUGUGUCCAAUAAACCUGCAUUGUGAGUCAGAUUCCUGCUGAGUCAUCUCUGCCUGUCUGGUUUAUUAGUGGAGGAAAUGGAGCGUAGAGGAAGCUCAUGACAAAAUAAUAUAAACAGGGAGGCCAAGGGUUUCCAUGGUUCUGACCAGGAAAGCCCAUGGCACCGCCUACGUCCUUGUCCUGGCUCCCCCACUUCCAUCCUCCUGUCCCACUCUGAAGUCUGCUUCCCAGAAAUGACCUUUAGCACGUCUUAUCAAGUAUCUGUCCACCCUUUCCCGUGGAGGGACGUCCUACUUACUUACCCUCACUCCCUCACCCCUGCUGAAUGUCAUCUAUUAUUACUGGAAACCGGUCCAACUAUGUCCAUCAGACUUCUUACCAUAAGUGAACGUGAGAAUUGAACUCAGACAAAUUACAUUUCUGUAUGGGUUGGCUCUAUUGUAGUAUUCCACAAUUCAUAGGCCUGUAUUUGCUAAAGGCAAAAUAAAUGUAGUACUUGUAAGUGACUGGAGUUUGGUAGCUAACUGCAUAAACUUACUGUGGUGAUUGAAAUCCAGGUUUCGGUUUAGUUGUGCUUAUUUUACCAAUUUUGUCAUCAGAUAUCUCAAAAUGGAGGAUGACUAUGUCAGAAAGUAACCGAUGACCAUCCGAGGGCAUCUCCCUGGUGGAGUUUUCCUUGUUUUUGCUUAAAUGUGGUUAGGAUGGAUUGGUAGAGUCCCAUGUGCGUGUUAUUUUUAUAUUUAUAAGCAGCUUUCAGCCCAUAGGGUCAAAGGUCAGUAUAAACAGUCCAUGCAUCCACAGCCCCGCUCUGGCCACAGGAAGAGCAGAUGUCACUGCACCAGUCACCAACCGCCCACUGGACUGGCCGACCAGGCAGGAUUAUUAGGAUCUAUUCCUGUAAACACUGGCUCUUUGAUAAUUUGACGUCUUUCAUUUACACUUUUUACAACCAGGUCUCAAAUUUGUUUGAGGACAGAUGUUUAUUUAUGAGAAGAGACUAUCUUUAUUCCAGCAGCCUCUAGAAGUUUGUUAUUUUGCAGAACAAACAGACUACUGUCAGCUCAGAUCAUUGCUAAAAUAUUAUGUUACUAUUCAGCAAAGGUGGGACCAAUUGACUAUUAUUCGAGUUACAAGCAAGUCUCAAGGUCUGAGUCUCAAAGUAGAAUGGGUCGAGUUUCGAGUCAAGUCUAAGUUGUGCAUUCUAAGAGUGAGUCGAGUCACAAGUUUUUUCAAGUCAAGAAAAAAAUAUCUAUACAUUCAAUGACAAUGCCCAACUACAAAUCUUUGUCUAUUUAUUGAGACUACCAGAGGGCUCUUUUCAUUAUUUCGUCUACAAAACAUUUUGAUUAUGCAAUAAUUCAUUUUAACAACAAAUUCCAAAUGCAAGUAAAUCAUCAAUUUCAAGCAAUUUUGACAUACCAAAAGACCAGUAGGCCUAUGCUGGCAUGCAGCUGCUACUGUCUCUGGCUGCUUGGACAGUAGGGACUCAGUACCACAAAAUGAGUGACAAAACGCUUAUUCCCUCCUGAUCCUCCAACCGGGAUUUCGGGAAAACCAGGGAAUUUAUUGAAAGUUCCCGAAAUUUUGCAACCCUAGUCACGUGAGUCAUCAGAGUACAUUCAUUGUUUAUGAAACACACUCGAUGACUACUGAUUCUGUGUUCUGUGUAUAAUCUGUGUUCUGUCAACAGAUAAUUAAUUGAAUGAGACUCCAGCCACCUUAGUCAUAGACUGUUCUCUCUGCUACCGCAUGGCAAGCGGUACCGGAGCGCCAAGUCUAGAUCCAAAAGGCUUCUGAACAGCUUCUACCCCCAAGCCAUAAGACUGCUGAACAGCUAAUCAAAUGGAUACUAAUCAGUAUGAAAAUGUAUGAACUCACUAACUGUAAGUCGCUCUGGAUAAGAGCGUCUGCUAAAUGACUAAAAUGUAAAUGUAAAAUGAUACCCGGACUAUUUGCAUUGACCCCCCCCCUUUUUUUUUUUACGCUGCUGCUACUCGCUGUUGAUUAUCAAUGCAUAGUCACUUUACCCCUACCUACAUGCACAUAUUACCUCAAUUACCUCGACUAACCUGUAUCCCCGCACAUUGACUCGGUACCGGUACCCCCUGUAUAUAGCCUCGUUAUUGUUAUUUUAUUGUUGCUCUGUUCCUUUUUACUUCAGUUUAUUUAGUAAAUAUUUUUUCUUAACUCUUUUUUUCUUAAAACUGCAUUGUUUGUUAAGGGCUUGUAAGUAAGCAUUUCACCGUAAGGUGAAAUACACCUGUUGUAUUUGGCGCAUGUGACAAAUAAAAUUUGAUUUGAUGAGGGGGUUAAGGGUCAGCUGCCUGAGGAGCAGCUCUCAUUGGCUGAAUGUGAUGGGAUCAGAUAUUGUGAAAGUAACUUGACAGGGAAAUUACUGGAAAACGACCUUACAUGAAGAAAUGUUCACGCUCUGGUGGUAUGGUAACAAAUUCUAGCAAAUAUGAAUAGAUAAAAUAUCCAAUGAAUGUGUGAUUCCCUGUUUUGCCCCUGUAGAACCGUCAGCUGUUGAGGGACUGCUUCAUGGUGGAGCUGGUGGAGGGAUCCAGAAAGCUUCGCCACGUCUUCCUCUUCACAGACUUACUACUCUGUGCCAAGCUGAAGAAACAGACUGCAGGGUGAGUGUAGAUUUACCGAUGGACCAGAUGGUUUGUGUCAUAUCCUGUCUGUGUGGUGUUCCUUACCUGUGUGUGUGUUGUUUGAUGGUUCCUGUGUGUGUGUGUUCCUUUUGUCUCCAGGAAAGGCCAGCAGUAUGAGUGUAAGUGGUACAUCCCACUAUCAGACCUCACCUUCCAGACCAUUGAGGACUCGGAGGCCACGCCCAUCCCCCAGGUCCAGGACGAGGAGAUUGACGCCAUGAAGAUCAGAAUCUCACAGAUCAAGAACGAGCUCCAGAGAGAGAAGGUGACAACAGACUUCAGAAAGAGGGGAAAUCCCUGUAGUGUUAUAACUGAUCACUUUAUUAUAAUAAUGUUGAAACACUUGACUAGAUCAUGGCUUCAUAAGAGAAGGAGACAUUAAUGACUGAGACAGUGCUAUACAUUGAGAUGGCAGCAGCUGUCUGAGUGCUCUUCUUCUGAAUGUGUAUGUGCAGAGAACCACUAAAGGAGGGAAGGCGAUAGAGCGUUUGAGGAAGAAGCUGUCGGAGCAGGAGUCUCUGCUGCUGCUCAUGUCCCCCAGCAUGGCCUUCAGAGUGGCCAACAGGAACGGCAAGGUGAGCCAGCCACUGACUGCUUACUCUCUCUCUGCACCUAUGGUCCUGCAAGGUCAUAUCUAACAACUACACAGCUCAUUGUUUGUACUGUGAAAUAUUUUGUUUCAGGGUCUGCUGCCACCUACAGGUGUAGAGAUGUGGUACAGCAUUGCUAAGAUGACUAUUGUGUUGUACAGCAGAGGGCUACAUGUUCCUUUGUGUGUUUCAGGGCUUCACAUUCCUUAUCUCGUCGGAUUACGAACGUGCGGAGUGGAGGGAGAUCAUCCGGGAGCAACAGAAGAAGUGUGAGUGUUCUCUGCAACAUAAGCUAUGCUUGUGACAAUCCCAUGAUUAAGCUGAUGGUGGCUGUCAGUCUCUCUCUGAACUCCAUUCCCUCCUGCAGGUUUCAAAAGCUUCUCUCUGACCUCUCUGGAGCUGCAGAUGCUCACCAACUCAUGUGUGAAGCUUCAGACGGUCCAUACUAUACCAAUGACCAUGAAUAAAGAAGGUAGGCCAUAGACACAACUGAUACAGUAUUGGGAAGGAUGGAAGGCUGGUCAGUAAUGUCACACUUAUUAAUAAUAAGAGAGGGAGAUGUUUAUUAGUAUUGUUUUUGAUUGAACAACUCAUGACUAUUCGCUCUCCUCUCUCUUUAGAAGAUGAAUCGUCUGGACUCUACGGUUUUCUGAAUGUCAUUGUUCACUCUGCAUCAGGACUCAAACAGAGCUUGAGUAAGUGGCUCAGUUGUGUAUUUUCCCCAGAUUGUUGGUGUCCUACCCUGAUCACCUUGAAUGGAGUAUAGCCAAGGUUGUCCUUCCCUUCCGCUGUCAGUCUCCUCCUGUCCGGCUGUCACCUGGCAGUCAGCAGACAUUCCCAUGUGGAGCAGCUGCUGGGGAACAGUCAGAACUCUGAGGAUUAACAAGGAACACUGUGGUCCGGUCUGGAUGGAAAACCCCUGUCGUCUCACUCUUUGUCCCAAAUGCAGUCAAGCAUACAGCUCACAUGCAUACAGUACCUCUUAUUUUAUAAAAAAUCUGACCUGUUAAUCCAGAUGUAAUCUUGCUCUGGACGGGAAAUAUUUUCCUCAAUUCUUACCAGAUUCAGAGGGCAUGGCAAGUUCUAUUAUGAGGAUAGUUAUAAAGUAUGGUUUAACAGUGUAGGGAAAAGUACAUGUAUACUCCUCCAUACAGGUCGUACUGUGACUCAGUGUGUAUCCCUCAUUAACCAAUCUAACUCCCAUGAACUGUUUCUUUUUCCACACAGAUCUCUACUGCACUCUGGAGGUGGAGUCCUUUGGCUACUUUGUGAACAAAGCCAAGACACGUGUGUACAGAGACUCCACAGAACCCAAGUGGAACGAGGUGAGGAUUCCACGUGUCAGUUAACACUCAGAACUAAAGUGUCCUGUAUAUUCAGCCUUAUCUGCUGAAUUGUCUCUUAUGUGUUUUUUUGCUGUUUCCCUGCAGGAGUUUGAGAUUGAGCUGGAAGGCUCUCAGACUCUGAGGUUGCUGUGCUAUGAGAAAUGCUACAACAAAGCCAGGCAAAACAAGGAGGACGGAGAGAACACAGACAGAAUCAUGGCCAAAGGACAGAUACAGGUACGGUGUGAGAGUAUGAAGCACAUUUAGUGUUGCCUGUCACACCGGUCUACAGUGUCAACAGUGACAUAGCUGAAUUAACUAAUAGGCCACAGUGGUGAAAAUGACUUAUCUAGUAUGCCAGCCCUAAUAGCUGCCCUGUUUGUGGAUAAUCCCACCAUGUGUGGUUCUGUGGUGUGGAAAAGGAAAAGGGUUGUGGGGUCGCUGCUGGGUCACCUCAGCCUGACUGGUAAUGGGGUGUUGUGACAGAGUGGGGAUUACAGUUGGGAAGGGAAACAGGCUGACCAAAUGUAGCCCCAGGCACAGAUCCAUCCAGUGGAAGUGAGACAGAGAGGGACCCCUCUUAGAAGAACCCUGAAAACACCCAAUAGAGAACAUUGUAUGUUUGUCUUUUGAAUAGACAAUGUACUGUUUCCUUUGUCUUUUUUUUAAACAAUCCACAGCCAACGUGGUCCCACACAGCAAUUCAAUUGUGUGUGACCCUCUGGCCUGGGUCUGAUCUGUUUGUGGAAUUUGAGAUAAGUGCUGAUUGGAGAGGCAGUCUGAACAUUGUGUGUGCAUGUGUGCCCAAAUGUUUGGGGAUUAAAAAGAGAUGGAUCAGAUGUGGGAGGGUUUGGCUGAAAGGAGAAAGGGUCAGACAAAGGCACUCAGUUAGGAGGAGCCAGUAGACCCAAAACAGAUCUACCAACUGGUGACCAAUGAGGAUGCUGUAGGAGGCCUGGGGUUGUAUACCCACCCUGCAGUCCUCAUAACAACCUCUGCGCUUCCGCCAGCGUGCGUCCAUAAUCACAGGAGGAGGGGAUUCUCAGGAGUUAAUCCACAGAUCCAUCUGGGAACUGGGACAACAGGGAGGCAGCGUGGUCGAGAGGCUGCCUUUGUUCAACUUAUUUUUUUAUCUGGUGUGGAAGGAUCGAUGGCAUGACAGGUUUAGGAAGUUGACAGGACACACACACACUUGCGGGGGACUCUACUGGACCACUGAAGGGCUAUGCGGGCCUCAGGAUUCUUUGAGACGAUGCAAUAACCAUAUCAGAUCAGAGGGAUCCAAUCCCAUGCUGUUUGUUGGGGAUUGUUUAGGAGAGAGUGGCUGAUUUGGAAGAUUAUUUUCAUGACUGCUGCCUUGUUUUGUUUGUCCCAUUGUUUGGUACAGUACAUUAGUGGUGAAAAUAGAGUGAGCGACUGAGUCUCAACUAGAAAUAUGGGUGAGACCUGUACUGAAGAGCUGAUCCUGGAUCAGACCAGCAGUCAGUUCACUAGCAGCUGUUCUCUGGAGGAUGAGGGGGACACAGGUCCCAGGAAGCCCCCAGGCACAGGGGCACGGCUGUGGGGCAGGGUCCGCAGCACUCUGCUCAGACAGAAGGUAAAGACAUAGCACACAUAAGAGAGAGAAUGGGCUUUCUUUAUUGUUGUCGCGGAUGGUCUUUGGUUAGGAAUAUUAAUAGAGGGUAGGGUAGAUAUUUUAAUAUGUACAUAUAUCCUUAGUUGGUACAUAUUUUAAGUAUCCUUGAAUGUGUUAUAUUCUCAUACUUAAUACUCUUUUGAUAAGUCCACUGCAUUAUGUAAGAAGAUGUCCACAGAACAAAAAGAUUAAGAUUAUCUGAGUUAUAUUGAGUAUCUGUUGGUUCCUUGGGUGAGAGGACAUCUGUCAUGUUAGAUAAUCUGAAUACCAGGAGAUGAUGUUAUCACAACACUCGUGCCUGAUCACUACAAAUAACUGUUGGCAGCUUGGUAUUAGUCAGAUGAUUAAAAUAGCACAGUGACUUGAGUUGACACUACCCAACCAUAUGGAGUUUAUGUAAGGAUGAGGGAAAGUGAUGGGUAACUGAUAUGUAAGACCCAGGCUUGCUGAUUGGAGAUCAGACCCAGGCUUGCUGAUUAUUGAAUCCAUCCUUUUGUCCAUUUCUAGCUUUUCAUCUGUGAAAUUAUCAUUUCCAAUCUAAUAUGGACAGUUUCAUUGAACGUUUAUUUUUAUUUUUAUACUUUGUUUUAGUCUCUGAUAAAUUGAAAAGGAUCAAGAGGCUAACUGUGCUAAACAUUCAUACAAAGCAGGAUUUUGAGUGGUUUAAAUAUCUCAUUGGUUCUUAAUAAUGAAAUGGAUUUCAUUAGUACAGUACUAUAACAUGUCUGUACUGAGAUAAAGACAGAAUCAGUCCUACACCAUCAUGGUGUCCAUUCAGUGUCUGUCUGAGCAGUUUGUGUUUACUGGGUCAGAUGAUUGCUCUGACUGACAUAUGUCUCCAUAUUUUCCAGCUGGAUCCCCAGACCCUACAAAGCAAAGACUGGCAAAGAACAGUCAUCACCAUGAACGGGGUACGUAUUACCAGCCUAAGGAAAUGCUAAAUCAUCACUGUUUUUCACAAAUCUCUCCGAAACCACACUGUCUUACAUUUUUUGUUUUGCAAAGGGACAGUUUUGGCACCACUUUAUACUCCAGUGGCCAGUGUAACCAUUGUUGGAUAAGUUAUGUAGGCCUGUAUAACAUGGUAAUUACAUGGGUUUUUCCACUGAUCAAUACUGUGGUAUAAAUACUUUUCAAUAUUAAGUGUGCCCCCUGUAUUUACAUUUACAGUGUUGAUGAGGUUACAUGCAAUGGUCUUCAUUUCUCUGACUGCUGGCUAAUUCUUAACUUCUCUUGGUACAGAUUGAGGUGAAGCUGUCAAUGAAGUUCACCACCAGAGAGUUCAGUCUAAAGAGAAUGCCCUCGCGGAAACAGUCAGGCGUGUUUGGGGUGAAAAUAAGUGUUGUAACCAAGUGAGUGAAUAAUGUGUCUUUGUUAGCCCCUGUAUAAUCUCGGCACCCAGAACCAAAUCAGCUCAUGUUAAGCCUGUCAUGAGAGCCUCAGUGUAAUGCAUACCACAUUUCUGUGACCAACACAUAUCAGACCUAAAAUUGUCAAAUGAAUGGGAUACCUCUUCCAACCUCCUUCACUUUCAAUGGAAGGCCAGGAAUAACUCUCAAAGACAUGCCUUGUUUGGGUUUUUCUAUUUUCACAGGGAGCACAAGGCUCUCAUGAUAAUGUGUAAAAUAACUCUAAACUCCAGCCCCUUAUGGGCAGGGUCUAUUUGAGAAAACAUCAUUUUAUAGUGCUGAAGAUGCAAUACUGAAGGAUGGAUGUCUUUCUCAGUGUUCGCUUUACUCUACUAGUAAAAAGAAGGCAGCGGCCAUACUGGGAACGGGUUUUACAUACUGGGAACGGGUUUUACAUACUGGGAACGGGUUUUACAUACUGGGGAACGGUUUUUACAUACUGGGAACGGGUGUUACAUACUGGGAACGGGUUUUACAUACUGGGAACGGGUUUUACAUACUGGGGAACGGUUUUUACAUACUGGGGAACAGGUUUUACAUACUGGGGAAUAGGUUUUACAAACUGGGAAAUAGGUUUUACAUACUGGGGAAUAGGUUUUACAUACUGGGGAAUAGGUUUUACAUACUGGGGAAUAGGUUUUACAUACUGGGGAACAGGUUUUACAUUCUUGGGAAUAGGUUUUACAUUCUUGGGAACAGGUAUUAGAACAGAAAACAGAAAAAUGCUCUUGAUAUACAGUAUCAGUCAAAAGUUUGGACACACCUACUCAUUCAAGGGUUUUUCUUUAUUUUUUACUAUUUUCUACAUUGUAGAAUAAUAAUGAAGACAUCAAAACUAUGAAAUAACACACAUGGAAUCAUGUAGUAACCAAAAAAGUGUUAAACAAAUCAAGAUAUAUUUUAUAUUUGAGAUUCUUCAAAUAGCCACCCUUUGCCUUGAUGACAGCUUUGCACACUUGGCAUUCUCUCAACCAGCUUUAGCUGGAAUGCUUUUCCAACAGUCUUGAAGGAGUUCCCACAUAUGCUGAGCACUUGUUGGCUGCUUUUCCUUCACUCUGCGUUCCGACUCAGAGUGAAGGAAAAUUGGGUUGAGGUUGGGGGAUUGUGGAGGCCAGGUCAUCUGAUGCAGCAAUCCAUCACUCUCCUUCUUGGUCAAAUAGCCCUUACACAGCCUGGAGGUGUGUUGGGUCAUUGUCAUGUUGAAAAACAUAUAAUAGUCCCACUAAGCCCAAACCAGAUGGGAUGGCGUAUCGCUGCAGAAUGCUGUUGUAGCCAUGCUGAUUAAGUGUGCCUUGAAUUCAAAAUAAAUCACAGACAGUGUCACCAGCAAAGCACCCCCACACCAUAACACCACCUCCUCCAUGCUUUACGGUGGGAAAUACACAUGCGGAGAUCAUCCGUUCACCUACACCGCGUCUCACAAAGACACGGCAGUUGGAACCAAACAUUUCCAAUUAGGACUCCAGACCAAAGGACACAUUUCCACCGGUCUAAUGUCCAUUGCUCAUGUUUCUUGGCCCAAGCAGGUCUCUUCUUCUUAUUGGUGUCCUUUAGUAGUGGUUUCUUUGCAGCAAUUCGACCAUGAAGGCCUGAUUCACACAGUCCCCUCUGAACAGUUGAUGUUGAGAUGUGUCUGUGACUUGAACUCUGUGAAGCAUUUAUUUGGGCUGCAAUUUCUGAGGCUGGUAACUCUAAUGAACUUAUCCUCUACAGCAGAGGUAACUCUGGGUCUUCCAUUCCUGUGGCGGUCCUCAUGAGAGCCAGUUUCAUCAUAGCGCUCGAUGGUUUUUGCGACUGCACUUGAAGAAACUUUCAAAAUUCUGGAAAUGUUCCAUAUUGACUGACCUUCAUGUCUUAAAGUAAUGAUGGACUGUUGUUUCUCUUUGCUUAUUUGAGCUGUUCUUGCCAUAAUAUGGACUUGGUCUUUUACCAAAUAGGGCUAUCUUCUGUAUACCCCCCUACCUUGUCACAACACAACUGAUUGGCUCAAACGCAUUAAGAAGGAAAGAAAUUCCACAGAUUAACUUUUAAGAAGGCACACCUGUUAAUUGAAAUGCAUUCCAGGUGACUGCCUCAUGAAGCUGGUUGAGAGAAUGCCAAGAGUGUGCAAAGCUGUCAUCAAGGCAAAGCGUGGCUAUUUGAAGAAUCUCAAAUAUAAAAUAUAUAUUGAUUAGUUUAACACUUUUUUGGUUACUACAUGAUUCCAUAUGUGUUAUUUCAUAGUUUUGAUGUCUUCACUAUUAUUCUACAAUGUAAAAAAUAGUAAAAAUAAAGAAAAACCCUUGAAUGUGUAGGUGUCCAAACUUUUGACUGGUAGUGUAGUUUAUGCAAUACCACAACAGAAAAACACCAGGUGUGUAGUCAGAAAUGAGACACCCAGUUAUGCAGUCACAGGUAUCAUUAGUGUAAAGCACUAGACUUCUCGUUUCCUGCAUUGAUCCUGUUUUAAUCCUGCAGAGUGUGUGUGUGUGUGUGACUUUGACAGACGGGAGCGGUCCAAGGUGCCCCUUAUCGUGAAGCAGUGUGUAGAGGAGAUAGAGCGCCGGGGCAUGGAGGAGGUGGGAAUCUACCGGGUCUCGGGGGUGGCUACAGACAUCCAGGCCCUGAAGGCUGCAUUUGAUGCCAGUAAGAACACCGACCUUGGAUCUCCUUUAUAGCAAAUGAUAUGCAGGUUGACGUUUAUUGUCAUGAGUCUUGUCCUGUAGGCAGAACUGAGCGAUUUCCCCUUAGAUAGGCCAGCUGCAAAGUCAAAAUUGGCUAUAUUGUAAAAUUUCAUGAAAACAAACAUUUGCUUUUUGUUCUUAAUAUAACGUUAAUCAGAUUUUGUGACUUGUGGCUGUGCCAGCUAGUGAGCACUGCAGAGCUGCCUCCAGAACAAGAUUAAUUACGAAAAACUCUAACCUGCAAAAAAUACAGCAUAGGCUAUACAAUGAAAUGUAUGGAUUACUAUUAUUCAUACCGUCUUGCAGCUUACUGUUCCCCACAUUUAUCAUUAAUUUCAUUCCUCUGAUUGACAGACAAUAAUGAUGUGUCGGUGA